AUGGGUGUAUUCCCUCGAUUUGGUAGCUGGAUCAAUCAGAAAAGUCAACAGCCUCUUAAAGCCGAGUCCAAGAUAUCUAAAAAUGUCGACUCAGAGGAAGACAAUUUUGAAUUACCUAAUAAGGACUAUCUUGAUUUAAAGGAGGUGCGGAAGCAAAUGAAUCUUUGGCGUGAAGCAGAGAAGAAGCAUCCAUGGCAUAAUGCAUCGCCUAAGAUCAAAGUGACACGUGAAAAUGGUUUUUACCAUAUGCACAUAGAAUUGACCUUAGGGCUGGAUCCUGAUCAGGUCUACUUCUUCUUGACUGAUCCAGAAAGUGACUGUUUUUUUUUCUUGAUGAAGGAAAACAAAUCAAGAAAGGUAUUGUUUGAGAAUGGUCCCAGGCUAAUUACGAGGGUGGAGAAAUCUGUGGCUUGUAAAGUAUUUGGGGUGUAUAUACCUAUCUCGAUGCAUCUAAUCCUCGACGAAAACAGAAAAGAUUAUAUGACACAAUAUAAGAAAGAGAGAGUGAUAUUUAUGAAAGAAUUCAAGGGUAACUAUAAAGUGGAGCCUGUAUUUGUAGAUAAAGAACGUUUGUGCAAAAAGAAGAUACCAAUGACUCGAGAAGAGUAUAAAAAAUGUAGUGGUGGCAAAGGAAAGAUUGCAUCAAAACUGACACUAGACCAAUUCUAUAAGCCAUAUCCUCCUUUCAAUCUACCGCCGCUUUCUUGGUUAGUUCGUGGGCUCACCAUCAAAACCUCUAAAGUUCUGCUUGCACUGCUUCAGGACAUGACUUGGUUAGUGCGAACAAGUAAGCCACCUCCCAGUGAAGACAGCAAGUCAGCAAGUAACAAACAUGAAAAACACUAA